AGGAAGCGGAAGUGGGCAACGGUGUGGGCGCUUGGGUCUCUUGAGGCAGCAGAAGAGCCUGGGGUAUUGAUUUUGAUGGGGAAAGAGAGCCCCAGGAAAUCGAUACUUUAUCGUCACGUGGAGAUGAAUCAUUUGUGUUUGAGAGCUGCAGAACCCGGGACAGAUCUUCUGCGAGGAGCCCUGUAGGCCAGUCAUCCCUGUCCCAUUGCUCUCACCACCCCUCCCUUCAGAUUCAGCUGUAGCUAUGUCUUUGAGAAGGCAAGUGAAAAACUUCAUGAAAAACUACUCAGAGGCUGAAAUAAAAGUCAGGGAAGCAACUUCCAAUGACCCCUGGGGUCCCUCUAGCUCUCUGAUGCUAGCUAUCAGUGACAUGACUUUCAACACAGCCUCCCUCUCAGAGAUCAUGCACAUGAUAUGGCAACGACUCGGUGACCACGGCAAGAACUGGCGCCACGUGUACAAAUGCCUUGCCCUGAUGGACUACCUCAUCAAGAAUGGCUCCAAGAAAGUUAUUCAGUGUUGUAGAGAGGGCUUGUGUAACCUUCAAAUGCUGAAAGACUUUCAACACGUAGACGAAGCUGGAAAAGACCAAGGUCGCUAUAUCAGGGAGAAGUCUAAGCAGAUCAUCACUCUGCUGAUGGAUGAGCAGCUGCUUUUUAAAGAGAGGGAAGUGGCAAGCUGGACGAGACAACGGACCUCCUACUCCAUGACGUUUCCCACCAGAUUACCGGCCACAGGGAGCUCACCCGCACCGUGUGCUUCCGUCCUCAUCCCUGAAAGCCUAGCCUCCGAGAAGAAGCAUUCACUCCUGACAAUUGCAAGUCUGCGCAAUAAGAAAAACACCUCCAAGGCAAGGCUGAGGCUGGAACAGUUCCAGGACAGCCCCUCACCUCCUGGAUCCUCCCUGGCCAAGGUCUCUCCUCCGCCCAGGAUGAAGACGUGGAAAUCAACAGAGGACCUAACAUUGUUGCAUGACGAGUGUCCGAAGCAACUUUUGCCUGAGAUACCUCCUUCCAUCACCUCUCCUACUUCCUGGAUGUCAGAAGGGGAAGCAGAAGUCUGCAACCUCUGGGAUACAGAUGCUGUGUCUACUCCUUCAGAAAAAAGACCAUCAAUGCAGACAAAUAUGAGUUUAGGCAAGAGACUGGAGAAAACCAUCACAAAUGCUCUCACAGAAAGUCCCCCACAAACGCCUCAGGAAAAGCAGACAGCCACAAAAAGCUUUGAAACACUGACACCUUUGCAGGCAUUUAGGCCACCAGGUAAAGACGAGUUCAACAGCCUGGGUUUGAGGAUGUCCAAGUCAGCAUCCGUGUUCCCCAACCGGUCCUCGGUGGAAACACUGUACGUCUCACCCUCGUUCAAAACUGACACCCCAGAGAAGGAGCCCAGAUCCAGUAAGGCCCUCCAGACACCUAAAAAAUCCAGACUCUGCUGGAUGGAAGAUAUGAAAGAUGUGAGCCUCAAGCCCUUAGCCAUGCGGGACAUAAUUAAUGAUGAAAGAGCGAAUGCUGUUCUGACUGGAUCAAGCAAGGAGGGACACGCGUCUUUCUGCACCACUUCUAUUCAGCAGUGUGUUAGAGGGCCCAGCCAGGCAAAAUCGGCCAUAGGAAAAGAUAGAAGAUGUGGAUACCGGGAAGGAAAAGUCUCCACUGCCUCUGAGGUCGCAUCUUCUUUUUCUACGUUGUCUGUGUCGUCUCCUGACUUGGUCCAUCCAAAGAAGUCAGCCCAUCACUUUCCCCUGGUUUUCACCAGCCCUUCCUUCUGGAUUCAGCCCCAUCAAAAGCCAUCUUCUGCCCCCUUCACAUACAAAGACGAGGCAGCCAGGGUUCGCCACCCCUUUGUUCCCAGGAGCACGGCAUCUUCAGAUGACGAGGAAUAUCCCAGUAUUCCAGAUAACUCCAAUUCGGUUAUGGAGAAGCCAGGUCACUUUCCCAGCUGUCAUCAGGUAGCAUUCUCCACCCCAACAAGGACCUACUUCCCCUCAGUGUCCCAGGCUAGUUUGCAGACAAGGGAAGGCUUGCCCAGGGAAUCCCCCGAGUCAGGUUCUAUCCGCACGCUUCUAGUUGAGGUGAGGGGUGCUGUGCUCAGACUUCAUGAAGACCUGAGCCUGGUGAUCCAGGAACUUAGUGUCAUCAACAAUUACCUAGGCAAGCUGAGUGGCAGCAGCCAAGCAGCCAGCGAGGCUCUGCAGAGCCCCCAGUCUUCCAGGGGGAGCUCAGAUCCUAUCUAGUAGCCUAGUCAUUUUGCUGGAGCACAACUGAUGCCACUGCCCAAAGACCUGGGAGCUUUAGCGCUUUCGAGGUCCCCAUUGCUGUGGGGACAAAAAGGCAAUGACUUAAUUUUUUCAUUUUCAAGUUUAUUAGCACAUCUUUCAAACAGACAAAGACAUUUGGGUGCUGUGUUUGUUUUGUUUUCAAGAGAAAGAAGUCACUUUUGAUCAUUUCGGGUUUAGAUAUUAGUUCCUUCAAAACUGAAGAGUAUUUUUUUUUCAUUCUUCACGUGUCAGUACAUUGUCCCUAGGGGUAAGCCUUAGUGAAGGUUGGGGGAGACUUUAAGGUGCAAAUAGCUGUUGGAGAGCUUUGGGGGUAAGCAAGUGAGCCAGGAGAAACCGUGGGUGCCCCCAGCCACAGUGCUGACUCAGCUGCUGCCUAGUGGCAUGCUCUUUCAAGCUGAGGCCCCUCAAAUCAAGAGCCAGAAGUCUCUCUGCUGCCACUGAGUCAGGAGUGAUGCUGAGGCAGGUGGGCUGAGGUGCACGUUUUUAUGUUGAUUUUCAGAGAAUUCAGGUGCAUUCCCGUCUCUUGUACUUCAUAAAUAAAUUUGAUAUUUUCAA